UGCCGCCUUCUUCCUCGCAGAGACGCAAACCCUUCCCCCUUCCCCUCUCUCUCGCCGACCUCGAGAGCUUAUCACACGGAGGCGCGCCCGCUUGCAGUGACCAAGGAGCGCAGUAGCCGCAGCUUUGAGGGUUUUGUUCAAGAUGGGGAAGGCGAAGAGCAAGGGCCCCAAGUUCGCGGUCGUCAGGAACAUCAUCAGCAAGAAGACCAUAAAGAAGUAAGGCAACCAUCUCCCUCCUUCGCGGUCGUCAAGAAGAUCAUCAGCAAGAAGACCAUAAAGAAGUACAAGGAGGAUGUGCUGAACCCUAGGAAGAAGGACGCAGAGAAGGAGAAGCUCACCCUGAAUGUGUGAGUCCUCUUUGCGCUCGGAUUUUGGGGCUUAGUUUAGCAUCCUAUACUUGUCGGUUGGUUAUUUGAUUAUGUCGUUUUGGUUUGUGGUUCGCAGGUCGCAAAUUUCGUCGGCGCUGUUAUUCAGCUACAACACGGCGCUCGGGCCGCCCUAUCGGGUGAUUGUGGACACCAACUUCUCCAUCCAGAACGAGCUGAAUUUGGAGAAAGGAAUGAUGGACUGCCUUUAUGCAAAAUGCACCCCAUGUAUCACCUACUGUGUUAUGGCUCAGCUUGAAAAGCUGGGACAGAAGUAUCGUGUGGCCUUGAGAAUUGCCAAGGACCCUAGGUUCCAUAGAUUAGCAUGCACACACAAGGGAACUUAUGCUUAUGACUGCAUUGUGGAGAGGGUUACUCAGGCCAAGUGUUUAUUUUGGCGCACUCUGCAUAGUGGCCUCUUGACAUUACAAGGAGCAUACUUGGCCUGCGGGCAUCAUUACAAGGAGCAUACACCUAAGCAAAUUAUAAUUUUGGCGUAGGCCAGGUGUUUAUUUUGGCGCACUUGCAUGCAUGCAUACUUCGCGCAUAUAUACACUUCGCAUAUAUGAAUAUCAUCAUUACUCUUUUGCGACGGAGUGCAUACUCUUCAUGAAUAUACAAAGCAUUAUCACUAUGGAUGCAUGCGCUUCACACGCUUUGCAUUGCGUAAGUGUGUCAAGAUAUUUAUUCUUCGUGUAUGUUUGUUAUUCAUACGCCCGCAUAACAUAUGCAUCGAAGCACUUAUUCUUCGUGUAAGUGCUAAAGUGCUCUCUACGCUUGCAUUACUUAUAUGUAUCAAAGCGUUUGUUUUCGCAUAUGCAGGUUCUUACCCUUCGUUCAAGGAAAUAUUCCUUGUACACAUGUUUUAACCUUCGCAUGAGAGCUCUUAUUGCUCAUAUACAUGAAUUUUUAAUCUUCGUAGGAUAUGGCGUAUCCCUCAUAUACCGAAGGUUUUGUUCUUCACUGCUACGUUUAUCAUUAUGCUAAAGUAUUUACUUUUCGAUUGUACUUUUCGCACAUUUAUGUAACGCAUGCACAAAAGACGGGGGCUAAGAGUGCCUGCUCCCGUACUGAAGGCAAAAGAGACAUUCGGAAAGAAAAAGCCAAAGUGGUGUUGGUCCUUAAAGCAAAGGCAGCGCACCUCUUGACUU